AUGGCACUGAAGGCUGUUUGCGUGCUAAAAGGAACCGGUGAAGUUACCGGGACCGUAUUCUUUGAGCAGGAGGGUGACGGUGCUCCAGUGAAGCUGACGGGAGAGAUCGCAGGUCUGACCCCGGGGGAACAUGGCUUCCACGUCCAUGCCUUUGGAGACAACACCAACGGCUGUAUGAGUGCCGGACCCCACUUCAACCCCCACAACCAUACCCACGGAGGACCCACUGACACUGUCCGGCACGUAGGGGACCUUGGCAACGUGACUGCAGCAGCUGACAGUGUGGCUAAGAUCAACAUUCAGGAUGAGAUACUGUCUCUCGCUGGACCCCACUCUAUCAUCGGCAGGACCAUGGUGAUCCAUGAGAAGGCUGAUGAUCUGGGAAAAGGAGACAACGAGGAGAGUCGGAAGACUGGCAACGCUGGCAGUCGCCUGGCCUGUGGAGUUAUUGGCAUUGCCCAAUAAACACACACACACACACACACACACCCUUACUGGGAGCCCUAGAACACACUAGCCACUGCUUAAAGACCACCGUAGCUACCCCCGAACUCUACCUAGACCUUUAUGGCACCUCAUCUGACAGAACUGUGUCCCAAAUGACCCCUAGUGUUUAUAUAGUGCACUACAUUUGAACAGGGCCUGUAGGACUCUGAUCAAGACUAGUGCACUAUAUUAUAUGGG